UCCAGUGCAUCCUCCUCAGCUGCUCGAGUGCUGAGCAUGCGUGCUGGCGCCCUAGCUUUGGAAUCGUUGCGGUAAAAUGGAUCGAUGCUAACAAACAGAGAGCUGCGGUGCUGGUUUCGAACGCUUAUUCUUUGCUUCGCAGGGCCCAGGGAAGUUUAAUAAUUUCGAAACGGGCACGACAUUAGAAACAAGCUACUGAGAAUCUAGUUCCGCGUACGCAGCCAACCAUGUCCGAGCUUCGGAAGAGAGCUACGGAUUCCGAACAGAAAGAAUCGAAGGAGCAUGCAGUCGACUCGGACGACGAAAAACUUCCCGAGGAAAGCCAAGUGGACAACCUGACGAAAGACCUGCCUCAGGCGACUGACGAAACCACAGCUGUUUUGGACAAUUACCUGAGUGGCCUUUCGAAAAGAUGGAGAAACUGGGUCGUCAGAGGAAUCUUCACCCUGCUAAUGAUGUCAUUUUUCGCACUUGUCAUUUGGAUGGGACCUUUGGCUCUAAUGAUUCUAACACUAGCAAUCCAAGUGAAGUGCUUCCAGGAGAUUAUUGCCAUUGGCUAUGCUGUCUACCGAGUGCAUGGGCUUCCUUGGUUUCGUUCUCUGUCCUGGUACUUCCUCCUGACAACAAAUUACUUUCUUUAUGGAGAAAGUCUUGUGGAUUACUUUGGUGUUCUUAUCAGCAGAACGGACUCACUGAAGCCACUUGUGCGCUACCACCGCUUCAUUUCAUUUUGCCUAUACUUGCUGGGUUUCAUCUGGUUCGUGUUGAGCCUUGUAAAGAAAUAUUACAUGCGCCAAUUCUCUUUGUUUGCCUGGACACAUGUGACAUUGGUCCUCAUCGUGACCCAAUCAUACUUUCUCAUUCAAAACAUCUUUGAAGGUUUGAUCUGGUUCAUAGCUCCAGUUUCAAUGAUUGUCUGCAAUGAUGUCAUGGCCUACAUGUUUGGCUUCUUCUUUGGUCGCACACCAUUGAUCAAGCUUUCGCCAAAGAAGACAUGGGAAGGCUUUAUAGGUGGAGGUAUCGCAACUGUCAUCUUUGGUGCUCUUAUGUCACAGUACCUGUGCCAGUUCAAAUACUUUGUCUGUCCAAUCGAAUACUCUGAAGAGUUGGAGCGCAUGACUAUGGAUUGUGAACCUUCACCACUGUUCCAACCAACAGAAUACGGAUUUCCAGGGUGCAUUGAGGCAUUGUGUAACCUUUUGGAUUUCAAGACUACCAUCACACUCUAUCCUUUCGUGCUUCAUUCGUUGAGCUUCUCGUUGUUCAGCUCCAUCAUUGGACCUUUUGGAGGAUUUUUUGCCAGUGGUUUCAAGAGAGCCUUCAAGAUUAAGGACUUUGGUGACAUCAUUCCUGGCCAUGGAGGCAUAAUGGAUCGUUUUGACUGCCAGAUAUUGAUGGCUUCCUUUGUGAAUGUCUACUACCACAGUUUUAUCAGGGCUCCUAACCAACAGAAGAUUCUGCAGCAGAUCUACUUGAUGAAGCCGGAAGUACAGCUGCAGAUUUUCAGCAGCUUGCGGGACACAUUGCUAGCACGGGGCCUGCUACCUUCCUAAAGGGAGUGCCAUCAAGGAAGCAACAGUCACCACAGAACUAGUCACUCAUGUAUUGGACAUCACUACCUUGUUCUAUACUUAAGGUUCAUUGCCCUACCACUCCCUUCCCACACUCUUUCCUGCUUUUUUGAAAAUUCACCUUAGUGGAGCUUUUCAGACCAUUGCGGUUACUCAUGAAGAGGAAGCCGUCAGCAGUCAAUGCAUUGAUAUGAGAAUAUUGCAUACUAGCCAAGAUGCAAAGGAAAUCAUGGACCAAAAAGCAGUUAUAUGUGUACUUCAGUCAGAAUAUUUACAUCCAUUUAAAAGGUUCCAAGUUUUAGUUUAAGCGUUUUGUCCUAUUUUAUGGCAUAAGUAAUUGGCAUAAUUUCUUCUUAAGUGAAUUCUCCCACCUGUGUAGGCCCUACAAUGACUAUAAUGGCAACACUACUUGGCUGGCAUUUCAGUUGGCUGGGUAUUGCACAGUCCACUUCUUAAAAUGCAGUUACUCAUUUGUCUUGUAGAAACUGUAUGCUACAGCAUAUUCUAUAUAGUUGAAUUGUAUGUCUAAUUGUGAUGUGUUUUAGUUCUUUAGUUAGCUGGCAAGUCCUGAAGUUGCAUUAAACCUUGAUGUUCUGAUGUUGUUGGUCAGAUGCAUGGAUUUCUUUCUUUGACAAUGGAUAUGUACCAAAUGUAAAUGCAUCCUUUUGAGACCUUGCCAACGUAACAAUCAUUACUCUUAUGAGGAGUUAAGCAAUUUGGCUGUGUUCAUUCACAGCAUGUUCACUUCUAAUUUGCUUGUACAUUUAAUACGGCAGUAAUGUAAAAUAUGCAGCAUACCUUUCUUGGAUGCUCUUUAAAAACUUUGUUCAGAAGAAAAAAAUCCAGCCAAUAAAAUAACUAACACAGGAACACAGGUUUCUUGUGUUUGUUAUUUUAUUGGCUGGAUUUUUUUUAUGCAAUGCACUAAUUAGCCCAACAAUGAGUGUUAUUAGAGAUUGUGUUGAAUCCUCAUUAAAGAUUGUUUAGAAAUGAGUUAUACGAUGCCAAAAAGCGUAUGUGUGUUGAGAGAAGAGGCUGUUGUGUUGCAGAAUUUGUCUGUAUAAGUACAAGCACGUUUUCUGAAACUUGGAAGCCUUUUUGUUGUUCAUUCAUGAGCUGUAAUUCCUCAUAUUUAACUCGCAUUGUUUUUACUUGGGUGUUGGGUACUCUUCGCUACUUCAACAAAGGUACACAAGCUCCAGGAAGUGCAUGUUGCAGUACGUAGUACUGUUUUUCUGUGAGCCAAUACUUGUUUUGUUAUGCUAUAUGUGCCAAUGUUUCAUGUUUGCUGCAUUCCAGGUCGCGUUUUAUUUUGGUGCAGUUUUGUAAGGCUUGCAUUGAGCUUGAUGUUUUCGACGUAUCAGUUGCUGUAGAGAUGCACAUUCCUAGUCGAUUAUACACCUCUUGCUAGAGGAAAUGAGUUCAAAAGCACACCCCUCCUGGUGGAACUUUGUGCAGGCAGAAGUACUGCAUUUUCAGAUAUUCUUACUUAGAAAGACAUGAUGUUUAAUGCAUUGCAAAUGAGAUAAGAAUCUGAAACAUUUUUGCUUUCAUAUUAGCUUAUGUGAUAUGUUAUGAAGAUCUAGAAUAUGUGCAUUAUUGGCACAAAUGCAUUAACAUUUUUUUAAAUGUGUAAUGAAGAUUUCCAGUGGCAGCUGCUGGCAGUAUUUCUGAAAAGGCACCACGGUACCUCUUUCUGUAAGCGAAUCGCUUUGAGUGUCAUAUGUGGGGUUUAACAUCCCAAAACCACCAUAUGAUUAUGAGUAGAGGGCUCCGGAAAUUUCGACCACCUGGGGUUCUUUAUCGUGCUCCCAAGUGGUGUAGGCCCAUGCGGUCUCAAGACCACACGGGCCUACAGCAUUUUCGCCUCCAUCGAAAGCAGCCACCGCAGCGGGGAUCCAAUCCUGCGACCUGCGGGUCAACAGCCGAGUACCUUAGCUACUAGGCCACCGUGGCAUGAGUAGGUAGUAAUAACAUAUGGUGCAUGGAAAUGGGCAUUUCCCUUUAUUUGUAUGACACAUGAUAGUGCAGACAGUGUCUAUUGCUUUUAUCCGGAGUGUUAUGAUUGUCUACUCACACAAAUAGACUAAAUCUUUCAUUCCUGAUCUUAAAAUAGUAUUACAUGAUUACAUGCUCGAUGCAAGGGUUUUUUUUUUCCUGUUUUUAAAGAUGGCAGCGUUACUACAAGAGGGCAGAUGCAGUACUGUGGGCACACUAGGUCGCCAACUUUGCUAGCCCGAACAAGAGCAGGGUGUCUCGCAUAGUAAUAUUUCAGAGUCGCAGGAUAUAAAGAAGCGAAUACAGGUGUAUCAUCAGUAAAAUGGACCAAGUUUCAGAAAUAUUGACUUUUUUUGUGUGUCAUUAUUUCAUUUGUUUCUGUUCAUUCAUUCGUUCCUGUGUCAUUCAUUUAAGAUACCUUGUGGCAUCUUGAAUGUUUAGAAAGGUAGUUACUUAUUGCUUAGCUUAAAUCAUUUAUUUGGCAAGUAAGUGAAAAGACAAAUACUGGAGUCAUUGAUAAAUUUUGGUAUUGUUCCUGUUUUGAAUAGUAUGAAAAUUACUAUGCAAACUUAGCACUAGGCCCACAUACCAUAAUAUGGUCUGUGGUUCAAGUACACUGCAUCAAUUUCUUGAACACAUUUCUUAAUAUGAUAGCAUUAAAGAGCUCGCUUCUAACGUUUUUCUUUGGCUGCGAGCAAAAAAUCGUCUAGUGUAUGGCCGAAAAAUUGAGAAAGAUGCCGAUAAAAUGAUACCAAUUUCUAGGUCCGAGUGAGGAUCGAACUCAUGCAGUUCGCGUGGUAAGCAGGUUUUCUACCAUGCAGUCAUGCAUCUGUUUGGAAAUACAGUUAAAAUAACUACUAUUGCUUGGAAAUGCAGUUAAAAUGUUUAUGCUGCAUCCUGUAUACGGGCUGCAGAAUACAACUUGUAAUAUUGCAGUAAUAUUGUGUGGUACAAGUAAACGUUGCCAUCGGGCAUCAAAACAUGCAAUUAUCAUGACGACUUCAUGGUUUAAAGUCAGCCACCCUUUGCAAAAGGCACACACAUUAUGUGCGUAUUCCUUAAAGAUCAUGUAGUAGGUGCAUUGCAAGUUCAAAAAUAUUUCACAAGCAUAAUUGCUCGUGGUUUAAAACAUGCUACUUAUUACACAGAUUGCAGCCAAAUGUGAAAGCUUCAUUUCACAUUUGGCAUCCAAUUUCACAUAUUCAGACACAAGCAACUUUCAGCUUAACGGAUUGCAGUGUAGUGAUCCACAAUUUACAUUCUCUAGUAACAUCAUGCAAUAAAAAGUAUGCACUAAGUGGUUGAAGUGCCCACUAGGAACAGGAUAUCGCUAUCGCGUUCAGCUUUUAAAGAAACCCUGACAGCGAAAGUUUUGCUGGCGACUUUUUUACUGUAAUUUGUAGCUUUGCGUCUGAUAACGCUGAAAUUGAAUCGUAAAUUCUCUAAUGCAUCGAAUAAUUCAUGCUAUCAAUAUUAUUUCAGAACUAUGUUGCAUCAGUUCAAAACACCUGCCUAAAUAGUGUAAGGAAUUAGCGCCCCACAGUGGGGCAGUGGAAGAGACUAUGUGCGCUCAAGCUUUGGUGACACUGAAUGCACUGUUUUCAAAUCGAGCAACCCCUGGGCAGUAAAGAAUAAGAUAAUGCCAGUGCAUUGAGCGUGAAAAAGAAAAAAAUUCCUGGCGUAAGCAGACAAAACCACCUUGAGAGGAAGCAGUAUGACAACAGAGUGAGAGGGGUGACGAACAACAGUCCUCACUGGGCGCCAGUCUGGGUAAUAUGCUCGCUUUGCAAAUUUUCUCUGUCAUUGACAGUACUUGCUUGACCUUUGCGACGUAACGUGGGGACCACUGUCUUCGUCAAACCAGAAAAUGUCGAUUGGACGCUUACUUUAAAGCUAAAUUAAAAUAUCUUUUAAGCGACACUCAUCGCUAGUAGUCUGUCAGAAGUGCCCCUGCAUGCAGGACUAUCAAACAACAUAAGCAUCUCAAAAACGUUUCUAAAUUCUAGGGGUUCUUUAACGGCGGAGCUUAAGGGUCUGCGAAUUUGUACCCCUAAACUAUGAUGCAGCUUAGUCGGCUCUCACAUUUAGCUCUGCUUCUUGGUCCACUUUAAUUUGUUAAUUAUAGCAGUGAUGAAUAAUCGCACUAGUACAUCAUGUUUUUCAUAGGUCUACCCAAUAUUUUUGACCUUGGUCCACGUUACCCAUGACACCCUGUUAAUGUUCAUACACAGUGCAAUGUGAUGCUUGUUCCAUUUAUAUCCCAUGUUUCAGUGUUGGUGCCCCAGACAGCUGGAGUGCACAGAAAUGUUAGCUGUUUCAAUGUCUUCUACAGUCGUUCUUGUUGCCAUGUUGUUGAUGCACUUUUCUUAGUGUGGUGUUUGCAUUGACGAAAGCUUUGUCUUGGUUGUGAAGUAUUUCCUGCACUUCUGAGGAUCAAAGAUCAUAAUAAAGAGAUAUAAUAGCCUGUGAA